ACUUUUCGUCUUUUGCCCCCCUUGGUCUACAAAAGACUUCACACUACAUACAUUCAGAAGUGCUUUCUUUCGCUUCGAGCCUCUUCCUCUCUUUUCUCUCGUCUCUUCCAUCCACAUUCUUCUCUCUCUCUCGAUUGCUUCGCACUGGGAAUGGCGAUAGACCAUGCGUCCCCUUUCUCGCUGAAGAACAGAGGCGACAUGGGAGGAAGGGGGUAUGAGGAGGAAGAGGUGGAGAACCAGCGGUGGCCGCCGUGGCUGAAGCCGCUGCUGUCGACGAGCUUCUUCGUGCAAUGCAGGAUCCACGCCGACGCGCACAAGAGCGAGUGCAACAUGUACUGCCUCGACUGCAUGAACGGCGCGCUCUGCUCCCUCUGCCUCUCCCACCACCGCGACCACCACGCCAUCCAGAUACGGAGGUCGUCGUACCACGACGUGAUCCGGGUGUCGGAGAUACAGAAGGUGCUGGACAUCACCGGCGUGCAGACGUACAUCAUCAACAGCGCCCGCGUGGUGUUCCUCAACGAGCGCCCCCAGCCGAGGCCCGGCAAGGGCGUCACCAACACCUGCGAGGUCUGCGAGCGCAGCCUCCUCGACUCCUUCCGCUUCUGCUCCCUCGGAUGCAAGAUUGUGGGUACGUCCGGUGGAUACCGCCCAAGGAAGAAGCACGGCGGGUGCGGCGGCGGCGGCGGCGGCGGCGACGGUGGCAAGAAGAAGAAGAAGAGGGCGGCGCUCAAGGACGCGCGGUACGAGUCCGAGGACUCGUGCACGAGCACCAGCGGCGGCAGCAGCGACAAGAGCAGCGUCGUGCAGAGCUUCACGCCGUUGACCCCGCCGCCGACCUCCGCCAGCUACCGCACCGGCAACAAGCGCCGCAAGGGCGUCCCGCACCGGUCCCCCUUCGGCAGCCUCAUCGUCGAGUUCUAGGGAGUCUCGACGCGUCCGCGCCUGAUCAACAUAGUGUACUGUACACAUGACAUAGCCAAACACAAUAACCGUGUGCCCCGGAAUGGCGGCGAGCCCGGCGCUUCCCUUCCCGGAGGCCGGCCGGCGUAAUGCCGGAGAAGGGCAAGAGCAGUAAGCCACGUCACAUACAUAUUAUAGCUUGUUUGUUACUUUUCAGCUUCGGUUUUUAGUUACAGUUCAGUUACUCCUAGUUAGUACCCAGUCAAGUCCAAGCACUGCUGGGUGCUUACGACUCGGUAACGGCAACUAAGUUUUGCAACCGUGUAAAAAUAUAGUAGCAGUAGUAGUAACCUCCAUAUUGUAGAUGUACAGAGCUGUGGUGGGGUAGGAGACAGUCACACAGUGGGAUAUUCAUAUGUGCAUUAUAUUACCCAUGUAAUAAAAAAAAAAGAGUUGCUGCUCCAAAUUACCCCGG